AUGCCUAGAGGCAACAAGAGCAAGGGCCGCUCCAGGGCGAAAAGGCAGCAGACUCGCGGAGAAAGCCAGAAUCUCCAGGGUUCUCAGUCUGCUGUGGGGGAAAAGGAAACAGCAUCCACCCCUCUUGUCCAGGGAGAUGCACCCAGCUCCCCUGGUAUCGGCACUCCUGAGGAAUCCCAGGAGGCUGUGUCCUAUGGCUCUCCUGAGUUAGAUGUGCCCUGCACAGUUCAUGAUGUAGAUGCUGAGGCUUCUGAUGUUGGUGCUGAGGGUGCUGUUGCAGGUGCUGGGGGUUCUGAUGUUGGUGUUGAAGGUUCUGUUGCAGGUGCUGAGGAGAGAAGUGCACAUGCCUCCAAGGUUGCAGCCGCGAUUCAAUCUGCACGCAGAGAUCCUCUGACAAGGAAGGCCAAUGUGUUGAUAGAAUUCAUGAUGGAGAAGUUUAAGGUGAAAGAGCCCUUCACACAGGCAGAUAUGCUGAGAGUUAUCAAUAAGAAGUACAAAGCGCACUUCACUGAGAUCCUCAGGAGAGUCUCUGUGCGCUUGGAGUUGGUCUUUGGUCUUGAGCUGAAGGAAGUUGAUCCCAGUUCUCAAUCCUAUAUGCUUGUGGGCAAGCUGGGUCUCUCUACUGAGGGAAGUCUGAGUGGCAGUAGCGGGUUACCCAAGACAGGGCUCCUGAUGACCCUACUGGGUGUGAUCUUCAUGAAAGGGAACCGUGCCACUGAGGAAGAGGUAUGGGAAUUCCUGAAAGUAGUGGGGAUAUAUCCUGGGAAGAGUCAUGUAAUCUUUGGAGAGCCCCAGGAAUUUAUCACCAAAGAUUUGGUGGAGGAAAAUUAUGUGAUAUACCGCCAAGUUCCUGGCAGUGACCCUCCAAGCUAUGAGUUCCGGUGGGGUCCCAGAGCCUAUGCUGAAACCACUAAGAUGAAGGUCCUGGAAGUUAUAGCUAAGAUCAAUAAUACUUCCCCUAGUUUCUUCACUAGUAUGUAUGAGGAGGCUAUGAUUGAUGAGGCUAAUAGAGCAGCAAGGAGAGUUACAGCUGUGCCUGGGAAUGUUGUAGAUGCCAGGGGUGUCAGGGAUGUCAGGGCUCAUCGCAGAUGCAUGGCCCAUAGCUCCUCUUCUAAGUAG